AUGAGCAACGUCAGUGGUGGCGCCCAUCAUGUGCCAUCUCCGAGGCCAAAGUCGGCCAUUUACAAAGCUCCGACCGGCUCCACCGAGGCUCUUGUCCCGAAUGACAACGGCGAUCACCUUGCAAUGAGAUCAUCUCGCAGAGAUUCUGUACCGUUCAACAUACCGUCAAACACAGACUUGAACAACUCGAGUUUGAAGCAUAUAGACAAGCUACUGCAUCAACUCCUAGAUGACGCAGAAGUCCCUGAACCUGAAGCUUGGCAAAAAUCUCUCGUGCCCAUUCUGCUUCAAUGCACCGAUGACGUCUCACCAAAUGUCAUAAAAGGAGAGGAUAUGGACAUACGCCAUUAUGUCAAAUUGAAGAAGAUUCCUGGCGGCAGACCACGCGACACUUCGUACGUCUCAGGUGUUGUUUUCACCAAGAAUCUGGCCUUAAAAAGCAUGCCGCGCAGAAUUGGGAAUCCGCGCAUUUUGUUGGUUACCUUUCCUAUCGAAUAUCAGCGUCACCAGCAGCAUUUUAUGAGCUUGCAGCCGGUCAUUGAAGGCGAGAGGGAAUAUUUGCGCAUCGUGGUUCAAAGACUGGCAAAACUUUCACCGCAAGUUGUACUCUGUGAAAAGGGUGUGUCUGGAAUUGCAUUGCAGCUUUUCGCAGAGCUUAACAUUUCCGUUGCGUACAACGUCAAGCACACUGUGAUUGAAGCGGUUGCUCGCUGCGCCGAAGCAGACAUCUUGAGCUCCCUGGAUAGACUAGCCUUGCCAGUUUCCACGGGUCGCUGCUCAAGCUUCGAGGUCAAGACUUAUGUCAACAACAGCUUUGUGCGCGGCAAGAAGUCAUACAUAUUUCUUGCUGGCUGUCGUCCCGACCUGGGCUGUACGAUAUCCUUGCGAGGAGCUGACAGUAUCACUCUGUCAAAAAUCAAGUACAUCGUAGAGUUCAUGUCAUACGUGGUGUACAACCUUCGAUUAGAAUCCAGUCUUCUACGAGACGAGUCCAUCGAGCCAGACGAAGGGGAUACCUCACUUUCCAACUCCUAUGUCAUGAAUGAAAGCUUCAAGACCUCAAGCUCCGCCGAAGAUGGAAAACAAGCAGUCCGCAUCGCAUCGCAACAAGAUUCGACGAAGAACGAACAACAAGCUCAAGCUACAGCGAAAGCUGAUCUGGAUGGCGCGGCCGACACUGGACAGCCCAGCGAGGAACGACCAAAGCCCCCGUCCCUGCAUGAUUCGCAAGACAGUGGCACGGGGGAUCCUCCAGUGCCAGAUGAUGUGCCCAUGCCGACGUUUUACAGCGACAUGGUGGCUAAAUAUGAGACUAAGAUUUUAUCAGCCUCACCCUAUGUCAAGUUCACCCAACCGCACGUUUUGAUGAGGGCGCGAGAACAAGAACGACGGCUUCUGUACCUUCGGCGCCUGCGAGACCAAACAGUUAUUGACGAACAGGACGAGUCAAGCACUGACCGCGCAAAAUUCCAGCUUAUCAAACCUGAAAUGAUCGAGAAGAUUGGCCAAAAGGCGCCCAAGCAGAUCCUGGAAAUUCUCCAUGCCAUGCAUGAUGCCGAAUACGACAAAGCGUUAUUCAACUACCAAACGGGAACUCGACAAUGGGAAGCGUAUAUCCAAGGCAAUCUGGAUCUGUUCGAUCCUUACUCGCAUCAAAAUAUUGUUGUGUUAUAUUCAGAAAUCUGCACCGAAACCAAAAUACCGUGCACGGAGCCCAGUCUCGUGGCAAUUAAUUUUUACGACGAGCAGCACGUAUACACCGGCAUGGACCCAGACUGCACGCUUGGCCAAUACAUUCAAGAUCUUGCCGAAACAAAGGAUGCAGUUUGUGAGUCAAAUGGUUGCGACAGGAAGCUGAUUGAACAUCAUCGUACCUAUGUUCACGAUCAGUACCGCAUUACGGUCUUCGUGGAGAAUGCGCCACCGGACGUGACUAGACGCCAAAGCCUUGGGGAUGGCAUUACCAUGUGGACGUACUGCAAAACUUGCAAGAAAGACUCGGAGGAGGUUCCCAUGUCUGAUGCCACCUAUAAGUACUCCUUCGGAAAAUACCUCGAGCUGCUCUACUGGGGCCGCGGCCUUCGCAUCAAGCACGGCAUUGAUUGCCCGCAUGACCACUCUCGAGAUCAUGUUCGCUACUUCAGCUUCAGUGACGCUCGAGUUCGCAUUCAUUGGGACCCUGUUGACCUUUUGGAGAUUGUGGUCCCUAGAGCCAGAAUCACUUGGAAGGUACAGAAUGAUUUGAAGCUAAAGAACGAGAUUUUCACCAGAAUGGAAGAGCGUUGGCGCAAGUUUAUGUCUUCUGUCAAAGCAAGACUACAGAGCAUUCGCAUUGACAGUGUCUUGCCAGAGAAGGCUGAGCUUUGCAAAGCAGAAGUCGAGGUCCUCACGAAGAAGAUGCAAGGAGAACUUCCAGUCAUGCUACGCAAGUUGGAGGGCGUCUACGUAAACUCAAAGUAUUACGAAAUCGUUCCCUUCAAUGGCCUUGUGCGCGAAAUGUUGGAAGUCGCGGGAGAGUGGGACCAAGCUUUCGCCAAGUUUGAGGCAGACUUCUUGGGAGACAAAGAUAUGCGGCAGCUGACAAUGAUGCAAUUGAAGAAGAUGUUCACCGACGAGUCGAAGGAGUCUGUGCCCAACCCAGAGGAGACGAUGAACUCGGCUACCGAUAGCGACGAUCGGCCAUCGCAGAGCUUCUCUGAGAUUGACGAGAAGAGCACUCAACCAACAGAAUAUACAGACAUGGAUGGGAGUCUCUUGCGCACUUCGGAAGGAAAGGACAAUGGCGAAUGCAACGAAAAGGUCGAGAUCCCCGCUGAAGGUGCCAUUGAGCGUGUCGAGGCACUCGAUUUGGCAGGCUCCGAGUCGAUCAUAUCUGGCCCCAGCCAGCCGCCAGAGAAAGCACGCGUGGAAGCACGCGUGGAAGCCUCGCGAGCUGAAAGCGCGGAGUCGAUUGAUUCAUCCAGAACAGUGUUGCCACCUGUCGCUCAUGAUAACACACCGGCCCCCAUGGGCGAUGGCCAAUCGCUUACGGAAAAGGUGGACCGUAUGCGACGUGAACAAGCACGGAAAGCAAGUGAAGACGCAUUGAAUAGCAAAGAAGACGAGAGCGGCAUACCACGCUCCUCACCUCCCAUAGUCAGGGCUGUUUCGCACCCCCAGCGCAUUCCAAGGGUCGGGACGACUCCUGGCAAUUCCUCAAACACCGCAGAUCAGGUGGAAACUGCUGCAGAGCCGCAAGCUGAGGGGUUCAUCAAAGUUGAUAAGCGUUUAUCGGAGAGGCUUGGUCUGUCAGCUCUGAAACAGCGCGGGAAGUCUGCUACCUCCGGUAUUCCUCGAUUGAUUACCAAGAAGAAGGAUAAAGAGUCCAAGGUUUCGACUCUCACGAGACACUUCGAACAAAUCAGCCGGGAGUUUGAGAAGGAGCGCAUACGUGACAAGAAGAAGCGAGCUGCUAGUCUCCGAUACCCUCGCGCGUUGCUUCCAAGGACAUCUACGAGAGUCACAAUUCAGGUUUACGACGACUUGGAUGCAGCUUUCGAGGAACCAGCCGCAGUAGCUGAGGCAACUGGCGAGCGAAAAGUUGAGCAAGCUUCUAAUCCGACUCAGCCGACAGAAAAUUCAGAUGUGGUCAAGGUUGGCCGGAUGACGGAGUCACCUACCCCGAUGGAUUCUGCGCCGAAGGCAGCAGAUCAAAUUUCUGUUGCCGGGACAGAUGAAACCGCGACUGGUAGAGAAAACCACCAAGACUCGGAUGAAGAGGAGCGUGCAAGCGACACAGAGCCCAGUGUUUCUGACGAGUUUCUCCCAGACAUCAAAGAGAUUGCCGAUUCUACACAGGAAAUUCCGCUGGAGCUUCCUAAACACCAAAAGAAUACGCUCAUGAAGUACCUCACCAAGUUCUGGGCAGAAAGAUCUGCCAGUGGCUGGUCUGCACUGGACUAUCCUAUCAAUCCGACGGAUCACAUUUUCGUCGACUCCAAUGUUAUUGUGCGCGAGGACGAACCAAGUUCCGUCAUCGCAUUGGCCCUCAAUAGCGAGGAUUACAAAAACAAGCUCGAGCUCAUCCGCCGCGAGCCCCAAGAAAUGACCCAAGAUAAAUUGUCCGAUGACACUGCGCAGCCCAAGUCAAAGCCUGCGUCGGAGCACCUAGGGCGUCAUUCGGAUGCAAGCGAGCUCGAGAAGAGUUUGUUGCGCAUCACCGGAACGCACCUUAAGUAUCAGUUCAAGGAAGGUGCGGCUGUCAUGACUUGCAAGAUAUUCUAUGCUGAGCAGUUUGACGCUCUGAGAAGGAAAUGUGGCAUCGCUGGGCGCAUUGUUGAGUCUCUUUCGCGCUGUAUGAAGUGGGACUCUCGUGGUGGGAAAACUCGGUCUGUCUUUUUGAAGACACUAGACGACAGAUUGGUGUUGAAGUCAUUGUCUCCUAUUGAGACAUCGGCUUUUUUGAACUUCGCCCCCGGCUACUUUAGCAUCAUGGCAGAAGCAUUAUUCCACGACUUGCCGUCUGUUAUUGCCAAGAUGUUGGGCUUCUUCCAGGUCAUUAUCAAGAACCCGAUUACUGGUACAGAUGUGAAGCUUGACCUGAUCUUGAUGGAGAACUUGUUUUACGACAGAUCGCCGACCCGAAUUUUUGACUUGAAGGGCUCUAUGAGAAACCGUAAGAUUCAGUCAACAGGCGAGCAAAAUGAAGUGCUUUUGGAUGAGAACAUGGUCGAGUAUAUAUACGAGUCUCCCCUAUUCGCCCGCGAGCAUUCCAAGAAACUACUGAGAGCAUCUGUGUGGAAUGAUACACUGUUUCUCGCUCGACAGGAUGUCAUGGACUACUCUCUAAUGAUUGCCGUCGAUGAAGCCAGGAAAGAGCUUGUGGUGGGCAUCAUUGAUUGUAUCAGGACGUACACUUGGGACAAGAAGCUUGAAAGCUGGAUCAAAGAUCGUGGGUUCGCGGGCGGUGGCCGCAAUCGACCAACUGUUACGAGUCCAAAGGAGUACAAAUCUCGCUUCCGAGAGGCGAUGGCAAGAUACAUCCUGCAAGCGCCAAAUUGCUGGCAUCUGUUUAAUAAUCCCCAGUACCCAGUGUACUAUGGACGUGCCAGGUUUGAAGACCAGCCCGAGCUACAAAAGUAA